AUGUCAGCUGAACUCGCCUUGGAGUCGAGACUCCCCCUUCCAUCAAGUGACGCUCAGAUCCCCGUCCUUGGUCUCGGAGUGUGUGUGUCUUCAAGAUGUGAACAAUCCGUCUUGUCUGCACUCGAGAAAGGAUAUCGCAGUGUCGAUACUGCACAGAUUUACUACAAUGAGCGCGAGACCGGCACUGCCGUCAACAAAUUCCUGUCCCAAAAUCCUUCCGUCAAGCGUUCCGACAUCUUUGUUUGCUCAAAGCUCUGGGAAGUAGACCUCUCAAGAUCUGACAUGCCAACCUCUUUCGACGAGUUGUGCAAUGCUGGACCGUGGCCACUGAACAGUCUCGAAGCCGGCCACACCACAUACUCAAAGGAAGCAGCACUCGAGGGCAUCAACAAAAGUCUGAAAACCUCUGGCCUCGAAUACUUCGACCUUUACCUCCUCCACAACCCUCGACCCGGUGCCGAAGCACGGCACCAAGCCUGGCUCGGACUCCAAGAGGCAUUUAAAUCUGGCAAGGCCAGGGCCAUUGGUGUCAGCAACUGGUCUCCUAAACACAUCGACGCUCUCAUGGCACACUCAGAUGUUGAUAUCCUGCCCGCUGUCAACCAAAUUGAAUUCCAUCCUUGGAACCAACAGCGCGUUAUCAUCGACUACUGCCGCUCAAAGGGCAUCGUUGUCACAGCUUACUCGCCCCUGACCCAAGGAAAGCGUCUUGGCGAUCCUGUCAUCAAGAAGAUCGCCGAGAAGCAUGGCAAGACUGCUGCUCAGAUCGUUCUGCGUUGGUGUCUGCAAAGGGGUAUCUCUAUCAUCCCCAAGAGUGAUCGCGAUGCUCGCAUCUUCGAGAACUCGGACGUCUUUGGCUGGUCGCUGGAUAGUGAGGAUAUGUCUGAAGUCGAAAAGCUGGACGAGGGACAGAAGGGAAACAUUGGAGAGUGGGAUCCUUUCGCUUAUGAGUGA